GUCAGAUCGCGUCUAGUUCUGCACGACCUAGCGUCGAUUGUUUCUAGAAAUUCGAUCGUGUCUUCUAAAGGUUUAUUGAAAAGUUCUUUCUGGCUGAUCGAUGAUGUUGUUGUUGACGGAGCAUGGCGCAGUGACAGUUUUGAGAUCGAUGAAGACAAGAUUGUUGAAAAAAGAAGCUCGGUUGGUCAGUAACAUUUGUCGAAGUGUCAUUCAAAAAGUGCGCAUAUCGAAUAGUACAACUACAUAGUUUUGUAGUUGCUGAGGCUGUUAGUGAACAGAACUGUAGUGCAAAGAAGCACAAAUCCUGCAAAUAUUACAUAUACG